AUGAAGAGAAAAUCCGAGAAGCAGAUUGCUCGCGAAACUGCGAAACACAUAUCCAUGGUCAAAAAGUCACGUAAAAAGGCUAGCAUACAAAACGAAACAGCUCUUUUCGCAGCGGCAUCUAUUCUGCGUUUCCAUGGCGAGCUGGUUAUCCAGCCCAGGGAGGUGGCCAUUAUAAAAGGGGUGGAUAUGUCUCACUGUGACGAAGGACAAAUGGUCUUCUUUACUGAUGGCGCUGUUCAUAUUCGAAAGAAUCAAGAUGAUAUUGUUCAUCAGGCCUCCCCCAAACAGGCGCAAUGUCAAUCUCGUCAUCAUCCCCUUCGUCGAAACAAGGUCAAGCUAGCUGCUGCAAUUGCAUACAAGGUUGCAAAAAGCAGCGAGUGGACAGUGAGGGCUUUUACGGUACCUAAAGGGGGCAGAGGCAGAUAUUAUCUCGCGGCUGAACUGGCUGGUAUCGCAGGCGCUUUAGGAAUUGCAAUAUCAAGUAUAAACGACUCAAGAAAAAGGGACUCGAUUACUCCACAAAAGGUCGUCAUCUUAACCGACUGCCAGGAUGCCAUUGGCAAGCUACAAAAGCUACGAGAGCACACUUCAAAUCGGAAGUCUCAAGAUGGAACACUUGCUUGCAAGCUUAUAACAAGAUCACAGCAUCUUCAUGAUCUUGGUGUUCUACUUGAAGUACACUGGAUUCCAGGCCAUCAUCCUGCCAUCUCAGGAAAUAUUCGUGCAGAUACUGAGGCACGGCGAACAGCAAAAAGCGACAUGAAUAUCUACGAGUGGGAACUUCUCCAGGUCGAGAUAUAG